AUGGCUCGUACAAAGCAAACAGCCCGUAAAUCGACUGGUGGUAAGGUACCACGCAAACAAUUGGCAACAAAAGCUGCCCGUAAGAGUGCACCAGCGACUGGUGGUGUAAAGAAACCACAUCGUUAUCGUCCCGGUACAGUGGCUUUGCGUGAAAUUCGUUAUCAAAAAAGUACUGAAUUGUUGAUCCGCAAAUUGCCAUUCCAGCGUUUGGUACGCGAAAUUGCCCAGGAUUUCAAGACCGAUUUACGUUUCCAGAGUUCCGCUGUUAUGGCUUUACAAGAAGCAAGCGAAGCAUAUUUAGUUGGCUUAUUUGAAGAUACCAAUUUGUGCGUCAUUCAUGCCAAGCGCGAGACAAUUAUGCCCAAAAACAUGAGACGUAUUCGUGGAGAGCGUGCUUAA